AUGCACCACGUGUUCCUUCUCUUUGCUUCCAUUGUCUCAGCAGCUUCCAAUGCCAUAGGACUUCUUGUGAAUCUGUUGAUUGUCAUAAUCAAUGAUAAGACUUGGGUCCAAAGCCAUAGAAUGUCUUCUUCUGAUCGGAUCCUGUUCAGCUUGGGUAUCACCUGAUUUCUCGUGCUGGGACUCUCCCUACUGCACAUCAUCUUCCUGGUCUCCCCAAAUGUUGAACGGUCAGUCCGCUUAUCCACUUUGUUCUCGGUUCGGAUGUUUCUGGACGCGAGUAGUCUCUGGUUUGUGACCUUGCUCAACGUCUUGUACUGGGUGAAGAUCUGUAACUUUCAAUGCUCAGUUUUUCUCCUGCUGAAACGAAAUCUCUCCCCAGAGACCCGCAGGCUGCUGCUGGGCUGUGUGCUGAUUUCUGCCUCCACCACGCUUCCGUGUGUUGUGCUCAGUCCGAAGUUACCCACUCCCGAACUUGGGACUGGGGGAAAUGGCACAGAAUUUAACAUCAGCAAGGGCGUCUUGUCUCUGCUGAUCUCCUUGACCUUGAGCUCAUUUGUCCAGUUCAUCAUUAACGUGACUUCUGCUUCCUUGUUAAUGAACUCGUUGGGGAGACAUAUACAGAAGUUGCAGAGAAACUCCGGUGGCUUAUGGAACCUCCAGACCGAAGCCCACGUGGGUGCGAUGAAGCUGAUGGUCUAUUUCCUUCUCCUCUACAUUCUCUGCUCAGUUGCUACCUUGAUCCUUCAUCUUUCUUCUUCUGUGAGGAUGGAUUUUGAAACCAGAUCCGUGUGUAUGGUCAUCUCCACCUUUUACAUCCCAGGACAUUCUGUCCUCAUCAUCCUCACACAUCCUACACUGAAAAGCAAAACAAAGCAGAUUCUUUGUUUCAACAAACAGUGGAACAUUGGCAGUCACUAG